AUGGAUUUCCUGUGGAGAUACACGGAGUUCUUAGGGAGAGGAGAUGACGUUCGAACUAGUCGUCCAGCUAGCAAACAGUGCGAAUGGCUGGAACAUGAUGUGGCAGCAGAAAAAGACGAAGCUAAAGGACAGGAGCCCUUCUUGAAAAAGAGGCUAGUGUGUGUGCGUAAUAAUGAAAAAAUCAAAACUCGUCCUUAUUUAAUGCCCGUUCGUCUUCUUGCCUAUUUGAAUACAUUGGCCGAACGAUAA